AACAAUACAGACGUAACAUAUAAGUGUACGAAAGUGUGAAAAAAAAAUUAAUAUCUGUUAUUUUGAACAAAUAAUUUAUGAAUGUUUUUUUUUUCAUUAGACCUAUGUAAAGUCUAUAAAAGUGUUUUUCCCAGAAUAUUUUAGUAAUUGAUUGAAUGGUUCGUACCUGGAUUUGGAUUUAUUAAUUACGUUUACAGAAGUUGACAUAUAACUCUCUGGAAUUGCAGUGAAUAAUUUUUCGAUGAGUUUCAAUAUUUGUGAGUUGUGGUUUAGACUUUAAGGGAGUUAUCGCAUAUGCUGAUCCGCCUACAGCCUGUACUGUGAUCGCACCACCACCAAAAAAUACGAGUUACAAUGGAAAUUGGAUUGCCUUAAUAGCUAGAUACAAUUGCAGCUUUGAGAUCAAAAUUCGUAUGGCACAGGAAGCCGGUUACGAUGCUGCCAUAGUCCAUAACGUCAAUAGUAAUGAAUUAGAGCCGAUGUCAGCCAAGGAUCCAAUAGGGAUAAUAAUUCCCUCAGUAUUUGUCAGUGAAAUAAGUGGACUAAUAAUAAAAGCUCAUUAUCUUUAUAAUCGUCACUUUUUUGUGGUGAUUAACGAUGACGUACCAUUCAACAUUAAUACACAUUUACUGCUGCCGUUUGCGAUCGUCGUCGGUAUAUGUUUUUUAGCUAUGGUAAUUUUCAUGGUUGUGAGGUGUAUCAAAGAUCGGAGAAGACAACAUAGACAUAGAUUACCCAAUUCAAGUUUGAAGAAAAUACCAACGCACAAGUAUACGAAAGGUGAUCCUUAUGAAACCUGUGCCAUAUGUCUUGAUGAUUAUGCCGAGGGCGAGAAACUUCGUGUAUUACCGUGCGCUCAUGCUUAUCACACCAAAUGCAUUGAUCCAUGGCUGACUAAAAACAAACGUGUCUGCCCGGUUUGCAAACGAAAAGUUUUUGCUGCUGAUGAACGUGUUUUAACGGACACUGAAAGUGAUUCGGAUGGGGAUGAUACAACGCCUCUCAUUAGAGAUGGACAUCAAGGUACACAAGGAGGAACAUUCAUGCCUCAACGUGAGAACCCAUUUUCCCGUGUACGACGGACACUAUCUCGUCAAAACUCGGAUGCAUCAAAUGCUAGUGAAGACGUUCCGCCCUAUUUGAACCAGUUUUCAAGAUGGGGACAGAAUCUAGGACAACCUGAAUCCAGUACGUCCGAUAGCUCAGGAGAGUCAUUCAUAUCUCUCUUCACAUCUGGCGAAAGUAGAAGCACUACAGCAAAUACGCCAGGGACCAACACGUUUUUAGUAUCGGACAGUCACAGCAUUAAUGGAGACACAACCCAUAUCGAACGUUCAACAAGCAGUACCAAACCGCAUACAGUAACACUGUGUAAUGAAGAAGCUGAAGAGCAACCAGCCAGGACGGUGAUUGUUACGUCGACUCAGAGUUCAACAGAAUUUAAUGACAACUCGAGUCACGACUUGGUUGUGUAAAUUUACGUUACGGAACAGUACAAUUCAUUCAAAAAAUCAUGAUGACUCAUAGAUCCUGCAUAUUGUCUAGAACAUUUGAAUGGACUCUCUAUGCCCUAUCUAUGAGGAUGGAAUAUAAAUUAAGCAGACAACUUAUUUUUAUCAAAUUAAUUCGUUGGAGAUUUUUUUUUCUGUAUAUUGAAGCGAAACAUACAGUGAAACUGAUGUGACAUUUUUUUAUGUCACAAGAGAUAUUGAUAAUUUUAUGAUGUACAUAUUUUAUUUUUGUUAAAUAUGGUCAUUCAUAGGCGAUCCAUCCAUUCCCCCUUUUUUUAUAUAUGAAUUAUUUGUUCGAAUUGGGAAUCGGAAGAAAUUGAAUUUCAUAAAAAUGCCUAGGACAGCAUAAGACGUUAAGGGCGCAUUUGUAGUCUUCUCGAAGUUAACAUGAGAUGUGUUUAUUUACACUAAAUGAUACCGUGUUCCUAAAACCCUCGAGUACAGAACUUCCCUCUCUCUCAAUAUACGUAUUAAUUGGUUAUAGGCAAGAUUCAACAGUCGAAUUGUGUUUCUAAGACCUAGGCUUUUCUCAUAUCCGAUAAAGAUUUUCAAGUGCAAGAUAGUUAUAUGUUACUAAUAUGACCGGCUUAUGUUUCUCAAAAAAGCUUGUUUUUAUAUUCAUGAAUAUGGUACCAUCUCCUCCAAUUCUGUCUUUCUUUUGGUAAUUGGAGGAAGACAAGCAACUGUAUUAUGUCAAUUUGAAUAUAAAUAAUUACGAGCUUACAACUUA